AUGGAUUUAAAUGGUGUACCCAUACCAUCAAUGAACUGGGACAGUCAGAACCCUAUGGAGGAGUUCAAAAAGUUAAGGCAGCAUGCAGAACUUAUAUUUAGUGGCGCGUUAAGAGAAAAAGAAGAAGAAGUACAAGUUACUUACUUAUUACUUUGGAUUGGUGAUAGAGGCCGCCAGAUAUAUAAUACUCUUACAUUAACUGAGCCCCAAAGAAAAUCAAUAAAGGCAAUUUCGGAUGCAAUUCAAAAACAUCUACAACCAAAAUCAAAUCCUGUAUUUAGCAGAUACAAAUUCCACAAUGAAAAACAGGCAAACAGUACGAUAGAACAAUUCAUCACACGUCUAAAAACAUUAGCAAAUGAUUGCGCUUUUGAUGCAGGGUACAGAGAUGAUGUCAUACGAGAUCAAAUAGUUAUUGGAAUUACGUCGGAAAAAGUUCGUGAAAAACUUAUCACAGAAGGUGAAGCAUUGACUCUCGAAAAAGCAGUCAGGAUAUCACAGUCACAUGAAUAUACACAGGCACAAUUACGAGAUAUGACUAAUUCCAAUAGCAUUGAUGACAUUCAUCAUAAACGACAUUCCACGUCAAAACACCAAAACGAGACUGGAAAGAAACACAAUCACCAUUCAAGAGUUAGACAAAACCAACAGAUAACAAAAUGUGGAAAUUGUGGACAGUCACAUCACAGCAAAGAUCGAUGUCCGGCAAGAGGAAAACUAUGCAAGAACUGCCAUAAAUGGAAUCACUAUGCAGUUGUGUGUAGGUCAAACAAAAAAGUGCAUGAAAUCGAAACCGGAAACAAUAACAGUGACAGUAACAGUGACAGUGAAUUUUGUAUUGGUGCAGUUGAUUCACAUUCAAAGGGACAUGUAUUUGUUGAUUUACAGAUGGGCUCUAAAGGUUAUUUUAAACAGUUUAAACUUGACACAGGGGCAUGCUGUAACAUCCUUUCUGAGGCAGAUUUCAAAUCCCUCAAGGUCAAUACCCCCUUAAAGAAGCCAACUGUCAAACUCACUGCUUACUCAGGCACUGAAAUUAAGGUUCUAGGAGUAGUAGAUCUCUCAUGCAGCUACAAGAAGAAAUGCACAAAACUUGUAGAAUUUUAUGUAGUGAGAACAAACAAACCCUCCAUCCUAGGUUUACAAUCAUGCCUUGACUUCAAUUUAAUUCAAAUUGUAAUGUCCGUAGACCAGAAUGAGCAAAUAAGUAAAAAUUCUGUCUUGCGUGACUUUCCUGAAGUUUUUCAUGGCUUUGGAAAAUUACCUGGUGCUUGUUCGAUCAAAGUAGAUCCCAAGUACUCUCCAGUAAUUCAUCCUCCCCGACGCGUUCCUGUAGCUCUUCAAAGCAAGGUUAAAAAGGAACUUGAUGCUAUGGAAAAGGUCACCACACCAACAAAUUGGGUGAAUAGUAUGGUCGUAGUCAAUAAGCCACAUUCUGAUAAAGUUAGAAUUGUAAUUGACCCUAAAGACCUUAAUAAGGCAAUCCAUAGGCCACAUUAUCCUACAAAAACCUUAGAUGAUAUUUUGCCGCAGUUAAAAUCUGCAAAAUAUUUCACAAAACUUGACUGCAAAUCAGGUUACUGGUCCUUUGUUUUAGAUGAUGAAUCAUCAUAUCUAACCACAUUCAACACCCCUCAAGGUCGUUAUAGGUAUCUCAGAUGUCCCAUGGGACUGAAAUGCAGCCAAGAUCUUUUCCAGCAAAAGAUGGAUGAGUGCUUAGAAGGCUUACUUGGUUGUAGUGUCAUUGUAGAUGACAUUCUUGUUUAUGGUUCAACUCGAGAAGAGCAUGACAUAAUCUUAAGAAACUUACUUGAUAGGUGCCGCCAAAAGGGCAUUAGGUUAAACGAAGACAAACUUGUUGUUUGUGUCUCGGAGGUUAAGUAUUUUGGUCACAUCCUCUCAGCUGAUGGAUUGAAACCAGACCCCGAAAAAUGUAGGGCUAUCCAAGAGAUGGAAGCGCCUAAAGACAAGUCUGAGCUUAAGACAAUACUUGGCAUGAUAACUUAUCUAUCUAGAUAUAUGUCCCAAACUUGUCCGAGAUCAUUCAUCCACUCUCAGAAAUAUUAA